AUGAGCUCGACACCCUCGCGGCCUGCAGUCAACGGCUUCCACCGUCCCGCCAAUGGAGCCCUCAACAGCGCCCGCCGCGCUCCAAGCAUGACUCGUGAUGGCUCCUCCGCACCCGGGCUUGCGCCGGAGGAGGGGCCGCCGGAGGAGGRCCCGACACACGAUGCGCUACAGGCGCGAUGGAAGCUUGCUGAGAAACACAUUGCUGUGCUGUUCAGCGGCGAGGAUAAGCACAGCGUAUCGCGACGCGCGUCCUCAAAGGUUGCUGAUAUUGUGGUGCACGAAAGCAGCGCGGAAGAAGGUGCCAAAACCACCGCUCUGCCGAAGAAAGCUGCGCGCCAGAUUGACGACGAUUAUGGAGAUGACGACGACGASGAGGAUGAGGAGGAUGUGGAGAAGCAAAGCCCACUCAAGGCGAAGGGCAAAACCAGCCAGAUCAACGGCACAUCCACCGCGUCCGGGUUGUCGACGCCGGUACGUACUGGAGUUCCACCAGGCAAGCCGCUGGGAGCUGCUACUGGUGCUGCUCGGCCUGGUACUUCAAGCACCUCUGAAUCUGGGCAAACCUCUGAGGAUGUACGUAAGCAGCUCGAGCAAGACAAGAAGGCCGCGGCCGAGGCUGCUCGACAAAGCUUCCAGAACAUGUUUUACACCCUGGAGAGCGACCGUGACGCCAUGAUUGAGCAGCAGAAAUUGGACGAGUUGGAUCGCGAAGUGGAAGAUGAGAUAUCUGGUGGACCGAAUGCUCCCGCUGCCGCUCCCAACCCUGGACUUCCUGUGGGUGCAACGCAGGGAUCUCUGGGCAGCACUGAUCUGGGUGCCUCGAGUUUGACCCUCAAACAUCUUAUUGCUAGAAUCGAUAAGAAGCGUGACAUGGUCAAAGCCUCGGACAAUCAGCUGCGGACCCUCAUUUCGGAAGUCAGAAAAGGACGAAGUAAGUGGGCUAGCGAAGACAGAGUUGGGCAGGAGGAGCUGUACGAAGCGGCCGAGAAGGUGCUCAUGGAACUCAAGGCCAUGACCGAGUACGCGCAACCGUUCUUGCAGCGCGUCAGCAAGCGAGAGGCUCCAGAUUACUUCAAUGUGAUCAAAACACCGAUGGAUAUCGGCACGAUGAUCAAAAAGCUCAAGCAGUACGCUUACAAGAGUAAGAAGGAGUUUGUCGACGAUAUCACUCUGAUUUGGACGAACUGCUUGAGGUACAACCAGGACCCCGGACACCCCCUGCGCAAGAAAGCCCUGUACAUGCGCAACGAAACAGAUAAGAUCACACCUCUGAUACCGGAAAUCGUAAUUCGAGACCGCGCUGAAAUUGAGGCCGAGGAGCGCCGACUUCAGCUAGGCGACGCGGACGACAGCGACGACGAUGAUGCGCCCAUCAUGGCCUCACGGGGUCGCAAAGCACCCAAGAAGGGUGUAUCGUCAUCUGCAAGGAAAGCGCCCCUGGCAUCCGUGGACGACAAGACAACACCAGCUCCUGAUCAGAAACCGGCGCUGCAUGCUUCGGCCAGCAACCUGCGAGGCGAAUUUCUCCGAGCUGAAUCAGAUGCACCUGAUGUCAAUUCAGCAGGGUUUAACACUCCGCCACCGCCGGGCUUUGCUACUCCUCAGGUCAAUGGGGCUCACGGCAAUGGUGCGGCUGGCAGUCAGGCAGACGUGAUGGAAGUGGAUGGAGUUGGAAACACCAUCAUGCCUACUACCGAGGUGGACCUUGACGAAGACGACGCUGACUUCAAGACCUGGAAGCAAGUGACGAAGAAGGACCGUGCGCAGGCCGCAGCUGAAAGAAAUCGUCUCUUUCGAGGGGAGCAUCUGAACGCUGAUGAGCCGGCAUUGCUCCGCAGCAAAGCCAUGAUGAGAAGAUGGACCCGGCAACAGAAAAUGCUAUCAUCCAAGCCAUCGAUUGAUGCGGACACGCAAGAAGGGAUGGAAGGCACCGAGCCUUCCGCUGGAGGCGAGACGCUUGCUGAAGGCAUUGAGARGGAUGAAGAUUCAACUCUCCCUGACUAUUACAACCCCGUGUCUGCGAUUCCUGAUUUGGACGACAGGCUGAAAUGGACGACAGACUCGGAAGGCAAUGCAGUGCCGCAUACUGACGAGUACAUGCGCAUGUACCCUAAAGGGCGAUAUUUGUCACAUCCAGGCGACUUGAACAAGAAACUCGAAGGCAACAUUCGGCAAAUGCAGGAUACACGUAAGGUUUGCGCAAAGAUUGGCAUUGUCAAACAGAUGCAAAUACAAGCGCAGACCUAUCAGAAUCAGUUCCAAAAGUACGAGCCAGAACCCUUUGUCGAGCACGAUGUGGGCGCCGUGGUUGUGUCAGAAGAGGGCCCUCUUAUGGCGCCCUGGGUCAACCGCGCUGCGUUGCAAAGAUCCAUCGGGAAGAUCUUCUACCAUGCUGGGUUUGAAGAUUUUCAGCCUUCUGCUAUGGAUACCAUAACAGACGUUGCCACGGACUUCAUUGCCAAAGUCGGCGCGAGCUUGAAGCUGUAUAAUGAGCAGCCGAUGAUUGAUCCCACAGCGCCUCKAUUCACAUUUGAGGAGCAAGUUCUUCACACGCUGGACGAGAACGGCAUGGAUMUUGAGGCGUUGGAGUCUUACAUCCGCGAUGACGUGGAGCGACUCAAUACGAAACUCGGCGUCGUCCACGAACGGAUGAGAUCGCACUUGGCGGACCUCUUGCGGCCUGCCUUGGGCGACCAUGCCGGUGCGGAUGGAGCUGGUGCUUUCAACGACGGCAGCGAUCAAUUCGUCGGCGGAGACUUUGCUGAAGACAUGGACGAGGACUUCUUCGGCUUCCGCGAGCUGGGCUUGAUGGCAGAAUUUGGACUGGAGUCGCUAAGCGUGCCACUUCAUCUGCUUCAGAAUCGUAUGCACAGCCACUACCAAGCACAGAACCAGGGUCCUGUCAGCAGCACUGGCCUGAUCUUUGAGCCUCCGCCGCCAUACGACCCCAUCACUGUGCAAACUGUUGGGGACCAAAUUGGUAUAGUGCAAGACUUCUUCAAGGCGAAGCUGAGGAACAAUCAUGACGAUCCCUUGGUCGAAGACGAGGAUCUGCCUCAAAAACAGAGAUUCCCCAAGCCCAGACUGCCACCCACAGGCAAGAUUUCGAGUCCUAGAAAGCGGCCUUUGCGAGAACAGCAGCAAAUUGCCAAGAAAAAGAGGAAAAUGGAGGAACAGGGUGGGAGCGGCGAGAAAUCAAAGGGCCUUGGGAAGAUCCAACCCCUGAGGUUGCAAAUGCCGGAGCCGCAAGAGGCGAUGGACCCAGAGAAGGACGGCGCGACUAUGAUAAGUCCUGAAAGUAUCAACGGAAAUUGA